AUGCAAAGGACAGUUGGCCUGCACGCACGAACUCCUGCGCCGGUCGUCUGGCCCGUGCUCGGUGACGAUCCUGUCAUCCGGUUCUUCUUUGAGGCCUUCCUCAGCACUUUGGACUGCAGCUCCACCAACGGGUCGCCUAACGAUAACAACCUACCUCCAAUCCGACACUUCAUGCGCUUCCGAACCUGUUUGGAAUCUUGA